UCUUGCCUCACUGGUUUAGCAUUAUUUUUAUCGUCACUUGGUCCGAUCAUGGCUUCUCACUCUGCUGAAGAACCAUUCCCAUUUCAUGGGUUGCUUCCCAAAAAAGAGACUGGUUCCGCGUCUUUCCUUACAAGGUUUCCCGAAUACGAUGGAAGGGGUGUCCUUAUCGCCAUACUCGACACCGGAGUGGACCCCGGGGCUCCGGGUAUGCAGGUGACAACCGAGGGAAAGCCAAAGGUAGUCGACAUCAUUGACACGACAGGCAGCGGCGAUGUCAACAUGGCUACCGUUGUGGAACCAAAAGAGGGCACCGUGGUCGGCCUGUCAGGGAGAACACUUACGAUCCCUUCCUCCUGGGUUAAUCCGACGGGGAAGUAUCACAUAGGCAUCAAGAACGGCUUUGAUUUCUUCCCCAAGGCGUUAAAAGAGAGAAUGCAGAAAGAGCGCAAAGAGAAGAUGUGGGACCCGGGUCACAGAGCUGCCCAGGCAGAGGCCAGCCGGAAACUGGAGGAGUUCGACCAGACUUAUCCAACCCCUUCACAGAUGGAGAAGCUUUUGAAGGAGGAGCUGCAGGCCCAGGUGGAGCUGCUGGCCACGCUAGAGAAGAAGUACAGCGAUCCUGGGCCCGUUUACGACUGCCUGCUCUGGCAUGAUGGCAUCACAUGGAGAGCUGUUGUAGAUACGUCAGAAAACGGAGAUCUGGCAUCAUGCACAGUAUUGAGCUCCUACAGAGAGAGGCAGGAGUACGCCACCCUGGGGAAUGCGGAGAUGCUGAACUACUCAGUCAACAUCUAUGAUGAGGGAAACACACUGUGCAUCGUCACGAGUGGGGGUGCUCACGGGACGCACGUGGCAAGUAUCGCAGCCGGCCAUUUUCCAGACGAGCCCGAGAGGAACGGAGUGGCGCCAGGUGCUCAGAUCCUGGCCGUGAAGAUCGGGGACACCCGCCUCAGCACCAUGGAAACAGGGACAGGCCUUAUUCGUGCGAUGAUCGAAGUAAUCAACUACAAAUGCGACUUGGUGAACUACAGCUAUGGUGAAGCUACACACUGGCCAAACUCAGGGAGGAUCUGUGAAGUGAUCAACGAGGCGGUGCAGAAGCAUAACGUCCUGUUCGUGUCUAGCGCUGGCAACAACGGCCCGUGCCUCUCCACCGUCGGUUGCCCAGGAGGAACCACCAGCUCUGUGAUUGGUGUUGGAGCGUACGUCACCCCUGACAUGAUGGUGGCCGAGUACUCUCUGAGGGAGAAGCUGCCCCCUAACCAGUACACCUGGUCCUCCAGGGGUCCCAGCACCGACGGUGCCCUGGGGGUCAGCAUCAGCGCCCCGGGGGGAGCCAUCGCCUCGGUCCCCAACUGGACCCUCAGGGGCACCCAGCUCAUGAACGGCACCUCCAUGUCCUCCCCGAACGCGUGCGGCGGCAUCGCGCUGGUGCUCUCAGGUUUGAAGCAGAAUGACGUCCGUCCCUCCGUUCCAGCGGUGAGGCGAGCUUUAGAGAAUACUGCUCAGAAGGUGGAGGAUAUUGAGGCCUUUGCACAGGGGCAUGGCAUCAUUCAGGUGGACAAGGCGUUUGACUACCUCAUGCAGCACUCAGCUCUGCCCACCAGUAAUCUGGGCUUCACCGUCUCCGUGGGCCAGCAGCGCGGCAUAUACCUCAGGGACCUGGUCCACGUGGGCACGCCCUUCGACCACAGCGUGGGCAUCGAACCCGUCUUUCCCGAGAACACGGACAACUCGGUGCGCAUCUCCCUCCAGCUGCACUUGGCCCUCACGUGCAAUGCAUCGUGGGUACACUGUCCUUCCCACUUGGAGCUGAUGAACCAGUGUCGCCAUGUCAACGUGCGCGUGGAUCCACAGGGACUGAGGGAAGGCCUGCACUACACAGAGGUGUGUGGCUAUGACACGACGGCUCCCAGCGCAGGCCCUCUCUUCAGAGUACCCAUCACAGUCAUAAUUCCUAUGAAGGUCCCAAGUGGUCACAGUCCAGAGGUUUCCUUCAGCGAUGUCCACUUCAAACCGGGCCAGAUCCGCCGCCAUUUCAUCACUGUACCUCAGGGCGCUUCAUGGGCAGAAAUCACGUUAACGUCCCAAUCAGGAGAUGUGUCUUCUAAAUUUGUGCUGCACGCUGUACACUUGGUCAAGCAGAGGGCAUACAGAGCCAACGAAUUCUAUAAGUUCUCCUCAUUGUUGGAAAAGGGUUCUCUCACAGAGGCCUUCCCUGUCUUGCCAGGGAGGACAGUGGAGAUCUGUGUAGCCCGAUGGUGGGCCAGCUUGGGUGACGUCAACAUCGACUACACCAUCUCAUUCCACGGCCUCACGACCACUCCGUCUUCACUGCACAUUCAUGCAUCUGAAGGGAUCUCCUCAUUUGAGGUGACGUCACCACUGCGCUAUGAAGACGUCUCACCCAGCAUCACUCUGAAGAACUGGGUCCAGCCUCUCAGGCCCACUAGUGCCAAGACCAGAGCUCUGGGUGCUCGUGAUGUGCUUCCCAACAACCGGCAGCUGUAUGAGAUCGUUCUCACCUACACUUUCCACCAGCCCAAGAGUGGGGAGGUGACGCCCAGUUGCCCUAUGCUGUGCGAGCUUCUGUACGAGUCGGAGUUCGACAGCCAGCUCUGGAUGCUCUUCGACCAGAACAAGAGACUGCUGGGCUCAGGGGACGCUUAUCCACAUCAGUACUCUCUGAAACUGGAGAAGGGCGACUACACAGUGCGUCUGCAGGUUCGCCACGAGCAGGUGUCGGAGCUGGAGCGUCUGAAGGACCUGCCCUUCGUGGUGUCGCACCGCAUGUCCAACACACUCAGCCUGGACGUCUACGAGACGCACCGCGCCGCCCUGCUCUCCAAGAAGAAGGCCAACUCCCUCACGCUCACCCCGGGCGCCUGCCAGCCCUUCUACAUCACCGGCCUGCCAGACGAGAAGAUCCCUAAAGGCACUGCUCCCGGCUGCUACUUCACAGGCUCCCUCGCCGUAUCCAAGACUGAGUACGGGAAGAAAGCAGGCCAGGCCACAGCAAAACAUCAAAGGAAGUAUAUAAAGGACAUUGUGCCAGUGGUCUACCACCUGAUCUCUCCCCCGAACAAAGCCAAGAACGGUGGGAAGGAGAAGGAGAAAGAUGCGGACAAGGAGAAGGACGUGAAGGACGAGUUUGCCGAAGCCCUCAGGGAUUUGAAAAUCCAGUGGAUGACCAAGUUGGACAACAGCGCUCUGUAUGACGAGUUGAAGGAGAACUUCAGCAGCUACUUGCCACUUCAUGUCCAGCGCCUCCACCAGCUGGAUUCAGAAAAGGAGCGACUGAAGCGUCUAUCAGAUAUCGUAUCGGCAGCGGACGUGGUGGUGUCUAGUAUCGACCAGACUGCCCUUGGCGUCUACCUCUCCAUGAAGACAGACCCACGGCCCGACGCCGCUACCAUCAAGAGCGACAUGGAGAAGCAGAAGUCGUCCCUGCUGGACGCUCUGUGCAGGAAGGGCAGCGCUCUGGCCGACCAGCUGCUGCAGGCAGCUCCUCCCCAGGCCCAGGCCCAGGAGGAGGGGGCCGAUGCUGGGGUAGCCGUGGCCAGCGAAGGGUCCGGGUCCGGGGUUGGAUCUGGAGCUGGAUCAGGGGCCCCAGUGGUGGCUCCGGACUCCCAGGAUGCAGACUCCCAGGACCUGACCAAGACGCUGACGGACACCUUCUGGGAGGUGCAGAAGUGGGCCGACCUCACUGACUCUAAGGUUUUAAACUUUGCCUAUAAGCACGCUCUUGUAAACAAGAUGUACGGAAGAGCUUUGAAGUAUGCAUCGAAAAUCGUCGAAGACCGACCCAGCAAAGACAACUGGAAGAACUGUGCUCAGCUGAUGCGGUCCCUGGAGUGGAUGCACUGUGCCAACUUCACGGAGAACUGGCUGCCCAUUAUGUACCCGGCGGAGUACACGCCUUUCUAAAGCGGCCCUCCACCCUCCCCUCCCGUGCCAUCACCACCGGGCUCUCGCCAGGGCUCCAAAUGAACACCUGCUAACCAGCCACAUGCUGGGGGAAAAUCUAGUUUGGCUGGUAGAAAAGAAAACUUACUAGCCACUCUGAUGCUGUUGGUGAGUGUAUGUUUGACUAGUAAGAUUAAAACGUCUACCAGCCAUAAUGACUGGUGAUGGAAAAAAAGUUCAUUUGGAGCCCUGGUUCUCGAUACAGACAAUAGAGAGUUGUCCGAGACUGCUUGCAUGUUCAAAAUGCAAAAUGAGCACACAAAUUACACAAUGUACACAGGCUGACGCCUCACUGGUUGGUUUUAGGGGGAAAGCAGUUAUAGAAGUCAGAAGUCAAGUCCCAAGUUGAUGUAGAGAUUUUUUUUUUACUUAUCAUAAGCAAAGUCUUCUUGUGAGCAUCCUAAGAAGACAAUGCCAGUGUGUCUUUCUGCACACUACACUGUUGUAACAACACAAUGUCACUGAGCGAUUCUGUACAGAAGAAAACAGGUGCUCAGCAGAUUUUCAGUGUCAUUUUUUUAAAGACUGGUCUUUCUUUUGUAAUUUGUGAAUUUCUGAACUUCAGCAAAAAAACAAAUAAAUAACAACUGGUGUUAACUUGCCAUACUGAAUGGCCAGACUUGUAAAACCACUUUACAAAGGUUUAAUUCACCCUAUAAGCCUCCGCCUUGAAGUUGAACAGUUAUGUCAGCAACACUUUCACACUUUAAAAAAAUCUUCCAUUGUUAACAUCAACAUGACCGUCUCGCAGCACCCAUCGUCAUAUCCUGACAUAAUAGCUCACGUCUUGUGAUUGAACAAAAAAAAAUGAUUAGCAUAUGUAUGUAUAUAAUAUUAUACAAAUAUAUUAUAACCCAUACAGCAGUGACUAUCAAAAUGGUUAAUGAAUGGACUAACGGUAUGGUUUACGACAUGGCUGCCGCCCGUUGCAACAUGGAAUGUCCAGGGAGAAGUGAAGAGAAGUGUUGCUUCCAUUUUGCUGUAAAGUAAUUUGUAGAUGUCGCAUUUAUCACAAACGAUUACCAAGGCAAUAUCAAAUGUAAUUAUAAUCCCUCUUAUUUUCUGACACUUCUGUAAAAUGUAUGCAUGUUUUGUUAUAGGAUUUUUUUGUUGUUGUUUUGUAAAUUCAAAAAUGUGACAAGGCUUCUUACUCGCACAGUAGAGAAGGCCAGUCUUAUACUUAUUCAAGAAACGAUGGAUUACUGUGUGUGUGUUUCUGUGUGUGUCUGUUUCUAUGUCUGUCUGUCUCUAUGUCUGUCUGUCUCUAUGUCUGUCUGUCUGUCUGUCUGUGCGUGGCCGUCCAUGCAUAUACGCUUUUGUUGGGGUGCAAGGGUGAGUGUCCUUUUUUGUGAAAAGAUGCUUCAAGCAGUCAGUCAGUCAGUUUCAGUGAGUGAGACAGAGUUUGUAUGUACCACCACCAAUGCCAAAGUCACCACAGGAUCAGACUACAGUAUACAGUAUAACAGAUAUGCUAUUGUUAAGGACCCUGAAAUCACCCAUCCCAUUUGGGUCUCCACAGAGAACAGCCUAGUUGUCAAACUAGAAGUGUAUGUCAGGAAGACACUGGUUUCCUUUUAUUUUCUUUUUUUACACAUCUCCUGCCCUGCAUGUCAUCAACAAAUCUAUUUUUCAUUGGUUUAUGAUUCUUCCUAUUCAGGGUUUUUUGUUUUGUUUUGUUUACAGCCGUUCCUCUCAAUAUUGCCUUAAAAUGUACAUGUUAAUUCAAAGCAUCCUCAUUUUGACUGCAGUCACGGGUUGCAUAUCACCUACCGGUUUGAUGUCAAAGACCUCAAAUAUUUAUGAAAGUCUUCUAUUUAUACAACACAUUAUACAAUAGACUUAGCUCAUGCAUAUGUUUUAGUUGUGACGUGUAUGUUUCAGUAUUACUUUAUACUGUUUUGUUUUUGUUGUUGUUUUGUUUUUUGUUUUUCUGAUGGACUCAAAUUCAGUCCUAUUUUUAUCUCAUUGAAUGUGUGUAGAGUCACAACCUUGAAAGAAAAUGUUUAGAGCAUUUUAUUUGAAAGUGAAAAUAAAACAGGUGAAAUAUCACACAUUCUUUGA